GCGGCCCCUGCUCCCCACAGCUCCGCAGGCUGCCGUGGGUCCUGCCCCUGCUGUGGGUCCUGCCCGCGGCCCGAGGAGAAGGCAGGAGCGGCCCGAGGCCCGGCUGCGGCGGGGCUCUUGGAACAUGGCGACCCGUUCGUGGCUCGUCCUGGAAGGAGGUGACUGUGGUCAUUGUGAUGCCUAAAAAUCAAGUGAGUGUGACGUUCCCCCAGGUCCUUCAUGGUGUUCUCCUCCAUCCUCUUCACACCAUUGCUCCACGUGGCUCCUGAACAUGGGGGAAAACGAGGACGAGAAGCAGGCCCAGGCUGGGCAGGUUUUCGAGAACUUCGUCCAGGCUUCCACCUGUAAAGGCACCCUCCAGGCUUUCAACAUCCUCACACGGCACCUGGACCUGGACCCUCUGGACCACAGAAACUUUUAUUCCAAGCUCAAGGCCAAGGUGACUACCUGGAAGGCCAAGGCUCUGUGGUACAAAUUGGACAAGCGUGGAUCCCACAAAGAGUACAACCGGGGGAAGUCAUGUCUGAACACCAAGUGUCUCAUCAUUGGAGGAGGACCCUGUGGUUUGCGCACUGCCAUUGAACUUGCUUACCUGGGGGCCAAAGUGGUCGUGGUAGAGAAGAGGGAUACCUUCUCCCGCAACAAUGUGCUGCACCUCUGGCCAUUCACCAUCCAUGACCUGCGAGGCCUGGGAGCCAAGAAGUUCUAUGGGAAAUUCUGUGCUGGCUCCAUCGAUCACAUCAGCAUUCGUCAGUUGCAGCUCAUCCUAUUCAAGGUAGCUCUGAUGUUGGGAGUUGAAAUCCAUGUGAAUGUGGAGUUUGUGAAGGUUAUAGAGCCUCCUGAAGAUCAAGAAAAUCAAAAAAUCGGCUGGCGGGCAGAAUUUCUUCCUGCAGACCACUCUCUCUCAGAGUUUGAAUUUGAUGUCAUCAUUGGUGCCGAUGGCCGCCGGAACACACUGGAAGGGUUCAGAAGAAAAGAAUUCCGUGGGAAGCUGGCCAUUGCAAUCACUGCCAACUUCAUAAACAGAAACAGCACAGCUGAGGCCAAGGUGGAAGAGAUUAGUGGUGUGGCUUUCAUCUUCAAUCAGAAGUUUUUUCAGGACCUUAAAGAAGAAACAGGGAUUGAUCUUGAGAACAUUGUUUACUACAAGGACUCCACCCACUAUUUUGUCAUGACCGCCAAGAAGCAGAGCCUGCUCGACAAAGGUGUCAUCAUUAAUGACUACAUCGACACAGAGGCACUGCUGUGUGCAGAUAAUGUGAACCAGGACAACCUGCUUGCCUACGCCCGAGAAGCAGCAGACUUCGCCACCAAUUAUCAGCUGCCAUCUUUAGACUUUGCCAUGAACCAUUAUGGGCAGCCAGACGUGGCCAUGUUCGACUUCACCUCCAUGUACGCCUCAGAGAACGCAGCCCUGGUGCGCGAGCGUCAGUCACACCAGCUGCUCGUGGCCCUGGUGGGCGACAGCUUGCUCGAGCCGUUUUGGCCCAUGGGCACAGGCUGUGCCCGAGGUUUCCUGGCAGCCUUUGACACAGCGUGGAUGGUAAAGAGCUGGCACCAGGGCACUCCACCCCUGAAACUUCUGGCUGAAAGAGAAAGUCUCUACCGGCUGUUACCUCAGACGACCCCAGAAAAUAUCAACAAGAACUUUGAACAGUACACGUUGGAUCCGGGGACCCGGUACCCAAACCUCAACUCAAACUGUGUCAGGCCCCAUCAGGUGCAGCACUUGUAUGUCACCAAGGAGCUGGAACAAUUCCCUCUUGAGAGAAUGGGCUCGUUGAGAAGAUCCGUCAACCUCUCCAGGCGGGAGUCGGACAUCCGGCCCAACAAGCUUCUAACCUGGUGCCAGCAGCAGACCGAGGGCUACCAGCAUGUCAACAUCACCGACCUGACCACGUCCUGGCGGAGUGGCCUGGCCCUCUGUGCUAUCAUCCAUCGCUUCCGGCCUGAACUUAUCAACUUUGACUCUUUGAAUGAAGAUGAUGCUGUGGAGAACAACCAGCUGGCAUUUGACGUAGCUGAGCGUGAAUUUGGCAUCCCCCCAGUGACCACAGGCAAAGAGAUGGCAUCCGUCCAGGAGCCCGACAAGCUCAGCAUGGUCAUGUACCUCUCCAAGUUCUAUGAGCUCUUCCGGGGCACCCCGCUGAGGCCUGUGGAUUCUUGGGGCAAAAACUAUAGAGAAAACGCUGACCUUGGCUUGGCUAAAUCAUCCUUUUCUCAUAAUUAUCUCAAUCUCACGUUUCCAAGGAAAAGGACUCCACGACUGGACAGCCAGACCCAAGAGAAUGACAUGAACAAACGAAGGCGGAAAGGCUUCAACAACCUGGAUGAGACUUCAACCUUUUCCAGCCGGAGCUUGGGCUCCAAUCAAGAGGGCGGAGGCAGCAAAGAUGGUAGAAAUCAGAACAAAGUCAAGUCCAUGGCAAAUCAACUACUGGCCAAGUUUGAGGAGAACUCACGGAAUCCCUCUCUGCAGAAGCAGCUGACGGUAGGGAAAGUGUCCAGCGGAAUAGGGGCUGCAGCUGAAGUCCUGGUCAAUCUGUACAUGAAUGAUCACAGACCUAAGGCCCAGGCCACCUCUCCAGACCUGGAAUCCAUGCGAAAGACAUUUCCCAUGAACCUGGGAGGCAGCGACACCUGUUACUUCUGCAAGAAGCGCGUGUACGUGAUGGAGCGGCUGAGCGCAGAGGGCCACUUCUUCCACCGAGAGUGUUUCCGCUGCAGCCUCUGUGCCACCUCCUUGCGCCUGGCAGCCUAUGCCUUUGAUGGCGAUGAAGGCAAGUUUUACUGCAAGCCUCAUUUCAUCCACUGUAAAACCAGUAGUAAGCAACGGAAGAGACGGGCAGAGCUAAAGCAACAAAGAGAGGAGGGGGAUGCAUGGAAAGAGCAAGAAGCCCCUCGACGAGACACUCCCAAGGAAAGUUCUUGCGCAGUAGCCGCCAUUGGCACACCUGAAGGCAGCCCCCCAGCAGAUCAGCCGACCUCCCCUAAGAAGCCCAAGAGCAUCUCUGAGCCAGAGCCUGAUGAUGUAGAUGGUGGAGUCACCUCCCCUCUGCCCUCUGAGUGGACAUCAGUGAGGAUCGGCCCUGGGGAGGACAUGGUCGGGCAGGAUGUGCUGGCUGUGUGUGUCCUGGUCACCAGUGACAACAGCAGCUCUGACACAGAGUCCAUCUGUGGUGACAGUGAGGACUCCAGUGCAGAGCCCUGUGAGGAGAGACCCCGGCAGCUGGAGCCCUCGCCCCUACCACUGGAGCCCUCACCCCAACCGAGGCUGUUCUCCCGGCACAGCUCCCUGAGGGAGGCCCCCACCAGGACAGACUCUCCAUCGUGCCCAGAGGAGUCCAAAGCGGUCCAUGCUCUGCAACGGGCCAAUAGCAUUCAGUCGCCAACUUCUAGCAUAUACCAGAGCUGGAGAAGAAAAUUCCAGUCCAAUUUGACAACAAAUCUAGAACCAGAGUACAACAAAAGAGCCACGUCCUCUCCAAAGGAAACUUCUUCUCUUUCUUCACACUCACAGUCUUUGCCUUCGUCCUCGCCACCAUCAUCUUCAGCCAGCGUCUCAGCGAGUCCUCGGGCUGGCUCCUCCAUGCCUCCAGCAACAGCUUACAGCUCACCCUCACCAGUCUCAAGAGAACAUUUCAGCCUUUCUACUCCAACCUUCUUGAGGCAAACCAGACCCCAAGGAGCAUCUGAGGAAAUUCCCCUGUAUAUGCCUCAUGGUCAAGUGUUGGAGCAAGCAGAAUCCCACCUGCUUAAGCCUAGGGGAGACAACCUUGAAAGUUCUACUCCACCCAACCCUGCAAAGAUGGCUUCUGAUGGGUAUCAGGAAGAAGAGAUGCUUCUUGGGGACACCAGAACCAUCCAGAAUGCCCCACACCCCAUUAGGAAGGACAGGUGUUUACCAGACCAAGAGCUGUCUUCCAGGCAUGGGGAGAGCCUGGACUCAGGAGGCUUGAGUGCCAGACCCAGGAGGGGAGCCACGCAUGGGCCAGAACCAGGAGAGAGGCAGAAGUCGAGCUUAAAGAAGUUAGUCCUCACUCCCGAGCAGAAGACUAAUUUGCUGGAUUGGAAUGACUCAAUCCCUGAGAGCUUGCACUUGGAAGCUGGCGCACAAUUUUCUCAGAAAGUUGCUCAGAAUGGUACAGGAGGCUGGGUGCUGAAACCAGUCAGCCCCUUACAGCUCCCCGCAGCAGUGAGAGAGCCCUUGCCAGCCCAGGGAGAAGCCCCUGGGAAGACAGGGGCCCCGGCUGAGCAGGCUCCAUGGGAGCAAACUGUGACGCCACCCAAAUCCCCCUUGCGGGUCAUAGCAGAUGUCUUAAGGAGGACUCUGCUCAACUCUGAAGGCGGGAGGAAGGCCUCCGCCACGCCAAAAUCAAAGACUUUGCCCACCAGCCAGUCACACGCUUGCACUCGCUCACUCAGCGUUCGGAACCCCAGUUCCAGUAAAGACUGGAACCGACAGUUCCCAGGAAGAGACGCAGUGAGCAGGGCCUCAGCCUUCUUCUCCUGGGGCACCCGGACUGCCAGGGCUGACCAACCUUUAGAGCCCAGCCCUCCCGACCUUGCCCUCUGCACCCAGAGCUUACCCAACCAGGCAUCCAAGACGUCUGCUUUCAUCUCUCCAUCCUGCAGCAGGAUCGAAGAUGUCCCCUCUCUCAUGGAGAAAGUGAGUUUGCAAGAGAUCUAUCCAGAUGCCUCCAGGGUUCCAAAGAGAACUAGCUCGCUCGCAUCGUCCCUUAGACUCGAGGAAAAAUCUUAUGAGAGUUUCUUCCAAGAAUCCAGGCACAAAAAGGGCCUCUGUAGCAGCUCCCAGGGCAACAUGCUGCCCUUGGACAACAUGCAACCCCCAGAGAAGCAGGGGCAGCGCCUUGGCACCCACCUGGAGCGGAGGGACCAUCCCUCUCCAGAGGGAGAUGCAGGUCCCAGGCACAUCCCCGUCAGAUUGCAGGUGACAGGGACUGACUCUUCAACCUCCUCCUCUUCUGCAGAUGAAGAAUUUGAUCCUCAGCCUAGCUUGCGGUCAAAGCAGGAGAGUAAUACACUCAGAAGAAGGAGGAAACUGGAAAAAGCAACAAAACAACUGGUUAAACAAGAAGAAUUGAAAAGACUUUAUAAAGCUCAGGCCAUCCAGAGGCAACUGGAGGAGGUGGAGGAGCGGCAGAGGGCUUCCGAGAUCCAGGGCGUGAGGCUGGAGAAAGCGCUGAGAGGAGAAGCAGCAGAUUCAGGCACACAGGAUGAAGCACAGCUUAUGCAGGAAUGGUUUAAGUUGGUUCUGGAGAAGAAUAAAUUAAUGCGCUAUGAGUCGGAGCUACUGAUCAUGGCCCAAGAACUAGAAUUAGAAGAUCAUCAAAGCCGACUGGAGCAGAAAUUAAGAGAGAAAUUGCUCAAGGAGGAGAGCCAAAAAGAUGAGAAUGAUCUAAAUGAGGAGCAAGAAAUAUUCUCCAAGAUGAUGCAAGUGAUUGAGCAAAGGGACAAACUCGUAGAUUCCUUAGAGGAACAACGCAUCAAAGAAAAGGCUGAAGACCAACACUUUGAAAGCUUCAUAUUCUCCAGGGGCUACGGGCUGAGCAGGACCUGAGUGGGACAUGAGCUGCCCAGGGGCCCCUCUGUUGAAGUCAUCCGAGGUGUCCCUGGGGCUGAGUGUCCCUCACAUAUUUCCUUCUUUUGCAGGAUUUGUCAUACCUGGAACUUGAGCUAUUCCAUACUGUACUAUUGUUUAAAAAAAUUAAAAUUCUCUCAUAGGUACCAAGAUCUUGCCAGAGUUUCUAAAGAAAAUACAAAGACUUUUGGAAUUGACAGGUAACUUCUGCAGGUUUCUGAGACUGGAAGUGACUGGGGGAAAUAACCAGCAUCGGUUUCCCUAAAAAGUGACUCCUGCUGCUUUAUCAUUUAUCUUCCCAAUUCAUUGAGUUACACCUCUUAAGAUUUUUAAGAACCUGCCUUUUCAUUAAUAUAGCCAUAUUUGCCUUUUUUUUGCAUGGAUGACCAGUUUCCAAAUGUCAGAAAGAAGCAGCCGAAGUUUAAAGAUUAGGUUAAUAUUUAAAUGGUGUUUACAGACAAAGAAGAGAAACCUUGAGAUUAGUGAUUACAUAAAGCAAAUAAUUCAAAUAGCAGGUGUUAAUUCAAUCCAGGGUGAAUUUAAUUUACCAGGUGUAUGUUUAAGCCUUAAUAUAAUAUGCAGAAGCAAUGAGAGUUUAAUAGAACAUUUGAGCCUUAAUUAUAUUUUUUAAAGAAGAGAAGAAAGAAGGACUUUAACUUCUUACCAGCAGGAUGGUUAAUUUUCACCAAAAAUGGUUGGCUUCAAAAAGCUUUUUGUUCUCAGAGCACGCUCCAUAUGGCUUCUGGAACAUAAUGGAAAGGUUUUUAAGGAAAUAAUUUUGAAGUGCUUUUAUGGAACUGUUGGCCAUUGCAAAAAAGAGAAACUCUUCCAUUUGUUGAUAAAAUAUUGGUGAGGUUGGUGCUGCUACUAAAAAUGAACACACUGUAUCGUAUCACACUGUGAGGAAGGCUUCCCCACGGUGGUCUCCUUGGGUCCAAACAGAACUUUCUCUGACACUCAAUGAAGGGAUUUCCCAGGAAUUCUAUGGGACAAGGACAAAACCAGCUUGAACAUCAAGAUGGAGCUGAGUGUUAUGACCCCAUCAUGAAAUCCCAAAGUGGGCGAUGCAUAUUUGAGGUCAUGUUUAAUGUGGGAGAAAGCUGGAAGAUGGAGUUCCUGCACUGCCAUGGGAUCCCUGGGACGUUUUUACAGUUCUUAUGGAGAAUCAGUGGAAAAGAUUUUCGAUGGUGUUCUCACGCCAUAAAGUAUUUGUUUCCCCUCACCUGGAUUCUUUGAUGAUUCAGUCUGUUUUUGACAAGAAGAAGACUGAAGAAUACUCUGUUGUAUAUUUGACUUCUCUCGUUUCUACAAGUAUUCCAUGUAUCAUUAAACCAAAGCUGCUUUGCAAAAGUUGGCCCUGACUGGAUACCUAUGUCUAGCCAACGGACAAGCCAGAAAUUAGAAGUGUAACUGUAACUGGAUUUCCAGUCAACCAGCCUGUGCAGUGGCACAUGGCACCCUUCUAGGGUAUACCCAUGGCACCCUUCUAGGGUAUACCCAGUUCACAAGGUUGUAGUUCUUUUUUCUUUUUCAUUCUUUCUUGUUUUUUACCAAUCAUGUCUUCUAAUGCCUGAAUUCUAGUAUUAGGAAAUAUGUGCAAGCAUCUAUCGAUCGAUCUAUGAAAACUGUGCUACUUACAGUUAGUUAUUUAACUAUUUUUUAUUUAUUUGUAUUUUUGGUAGAAAUUGCUAACAUGAUUUCCUUAUAAUUCUGGCUUCCCUGUGUUAUAAUUUGGAGAAGACCUAGUAACACUAAGGUAUUGGUAUAUAAGCUAUUUAAUAUACAAAUAACCCAGAUGUUUGGUGUUAUAUAGUAUUAAAGAUUUAUGUAGAUAGAAUAAUAUUUUCAACCAUCAGGAGUGUUAACUCAUUUUAAGAAAAAGUUCUCUAACUUCAGUUUUCAUUCUAGAAUAUGCACAGAUAUUCAAGCUCUAUCUUUUCUGUCAUACAAAAGUAUACUAUUUGAUACCUGCAUACAUUUAACAGCUGAUGCUCAAGUGUACCAUGUUUGAGUUGUUUUGUGCAAAAGAAUUAAUUGCCACUUAUUUUAAUUUGUUCUUUCUGUCAAAAAGAUUCUCCCAAGAGGAUCAAGAAAGAGGGUGGUUCUUGGCCAUAGUAUUCGGUUAAUAGACAAGAAAAGCAAUUUGUUCACUUUCUCUUCCAAAGACUAUGUUCUGGGGUUUAAAGCUUAGUCUUAUCUAACCAAGUUAAAACAAACUUCAUAUUUAACAGUCUUCUGCUUAUACUGGCUUUCAGUUUUACCAGCACAUGAAAGCUCUCCCAAUGAUCAGAAAUGUUGUGGCUAUUGAACUGUUUGAAUGAGUCUGUUCCUUAUUCACAAUAGUGUCUGAGAACCUUAAGAUGUAAAAUAUUAUACAUUUUGAAGAAUAGUUGUGAUCAAGAGUGAAAAAUGUAGGACGUUGAGACAAGGAGCCCCGGCCUCAGGUCAUAUCUCCCAGUCAAUCCCACACAAUUCCUAGUUUAAACCAAGCAGCUCAUAAUAGUUGUAAAUUCAGAAUUUUACAGGAGUUGGAUUAAGAGGAAUGCCUUAAGCUUAUUCUCCCAAACCAUUCAUUUGUUUAUUUGUUUAACAAGCAGUUGUGAAUGCCGAAGCGGUUCUGCACGCCUGUGCUAGGUGCUGGGAUACAGAAAGAAUAUUCCUCCACUCUACUCACAAAUACAAAGAUGAACAAGUACCACUGCCAAAUAAAUACAAAGUUAAAAUAGUACUUUAUUAUAUCCAUCAACCUACCCUACUCAUAUUUUCAUCAAAUAUAAAGACUUCCAUCCCCCACAAUUGCGGUGCUUCUCAAGCAAUAAAAAUAAGUGUGUUUCUAAAACUGUGAAAAAUAAUAUCAGGUUGUACUGUUUCAUUUAAACCUUGGCUUUGGCAGUGCUAGGCUGCUUGGAAUCAAUCAAUGCUGAGAUGCAGCAUGUUAAUUACAGCUGAGAAAGGAAGUGGCAGGUGUUUCCAACUCUGAUGAGCUGCAAUGAAAUUGAUGUUUUCUGAGUUCUGGAGGCAAAUGACAAUUCAGCAAUGUCUGUCUUCCCAGGAAGCAGAUUUACAGGUUUUUCCUUCCAAACUGAAAAUGGCAGCCUGUCCCACCCAGGUGGUUGAUCAGAGAACUGCCUCAGCAGGCAGAGGUGGCAGGGGGCAGCUGGGGCUGCCACAGUGCUGGAGAGAGUGGCAGGCGUUGGAUGUGGGGAGCUCAAAUGUGGGAGUUUAUCGUAAUAAGAAGGUUCACGCACAGGAGAGCGUGUACUAUUUCACCUACUGUUUAUCUUCUAACCUCACUGCUGAGUGGCUUGUCAAAGAUUAAUUUGCUCCAACAAUCGGGAACUAUUCAUGUGGAUUGAAAUGUGUUACACGUGGACUGCUAUAAAUACUGAAAUGAACCAAAAAUAAACGGUUUUGUGUCGAAGGAAUCAAAACAUUUUCAU